UGACUUUGCCCCUGACGCUUGUAACCCCACGCUCCGCCACCGAGCGUCCGUCGGAGCCGGUUGGUGUCUGCGAUAUCUCUCGCAUGUUUGACAAGAGAGGAAGUGCCUGAUCUCUUUCUCUCUCCCUCCCUCCCUCUCUUCUCUGUAUCUAAUCCCACAUACACACAAAAAAAGAAAGAAAAAAAGUGGCGCACUGCUUGUGAUACGCGCGCCUUACACGUUGUUUACUUUUUCGUGCUCGCUUCCGUGCAUUUGUCUUUUUCUCCCCCUCCCUACCCCCCCCCCUAUCCUUUUUUUUUUUCCAUAUGGGGGACCGUCGCGCUAUUGUGGAUAUAUAGAGGCAGACACACGCCAUGGAGGACGACAUGAUGGAAGCGUGGCUGGACGACCACCUCGACUUCACGCACUCCUACUUUGUCAGGAAAGCGUCCAGGGACAUGGUGAAUGCUUGGUUCGCUGAACGUGUCCACGCCAUCAAGUCGCCCGCCUCCAAAGACAACCAGUACUCUACGGAUCCCGUCACCCUUAGCCUUUCGGGCAAUCACACCCCUGUGCCCAGCGUGGUCUCCAACCAACCGCCCGGCACCCCAGCUCGCAAAAUCUCCGCAUCCGAAUUCGACCGCCCUCUCCGGCCCAUCGUGGUGACGGACGAGGAGGGCUCAGUGACGUUUCUGAGCGACGCAGACCGCAAGAGCGUCCCCACGUGGGGCUUUGCAAUGCUGGACGGGGAUGCCGGAGACGGAAGCGCCAAGGUGGCUAGCGGCGGCAGUAACCGAGGCGAUCGUUGCACUCGACUGCUAGAGCUGGUGAAGGACGUUUCAAGCCAUCUGGAUGUGACAGCACUCUGCCACAAGAUCUUCCUCCACAUCAACGAGCUCAUUGCCGCAGACCGCUACUCGUUAUUUCUGGUGGGCGAGGACAGCUCGAACACAAAGUUCCUGAUCAGCCGCCUGUUUGAUGUGGCCGAGGGAUCCACGUUGGAAGAAUCAUCCAGCAGCAGCAUCCGACUGCAGUGGAAUAAGGGCAUUGUGGGACACGUGGCCGCCACGGGACAGCCGCUCAACAUCAAGAACGCUUAUGAGGACCCUCGAUUCAACGCGGAGGUCGAUAUGAUCACCGGUUACAAGACUCACAGUAUUCUGUGCCUUCCCAUCAAGAACCACAGAGACGAGGUAGUUGGAGUGGCUCAAGCUAUCAAUAAGAAAAAUGGAAAUGAUGGAGCCUUCACGCAACAGGAUGAAAAGGACUUCUCAGCUUACUUGGCAUUUUCCGGCAUCGUUCUGCACAACGCCCAGCUCUACGAGGUGUCACAGCUAGAAACCCGACGUAAUCAGGUGCUGUUGGAACUGGCAAGUCUCAUCUUUGAGGAGCAGCAGUGUCUAGAGGUUUUACUGAGGAAGUUUGCUGGAACCAUCCUGUCCUUCAUGCAGGCCCAGGCUUGUACGGUCUUCAUUGCUGAGAAUGACUCCACGGAGAACCCCUUUUCCAGUGUCUUUCAUAUGGAAUACGAAAACGGAAAAGUCCUUACUUCACCCAAAAGAGAAUCUCCUUGUGUCAACCAGAUCAACUACAUGUACGCUCAGUAUGUUAAAAAUACCAUGCAGCCUCUCAAUAUUGCCGAUGUCACCAAGGAUCAACGCUUCCCCUUGAUGCAGUGUGAAAAGCAAUAUCAGACGAGCAAACGGACAACAAGUUUGCUCUGCGCUCCUAUCAAGAAUGGCAAGAAGGACAAAGUCAUAGGUUGCUGCCAGUUAGUGAACAAGAUGGAUGAGGUGUCGGGCGGCACCAAGACGUUCAACAGGAACGACGAACAGUUCUUGGAGGCUUUUGCCAUUUUUUGUGGCCUCGCCAUCCAGAACACGCAGAUGUACGAGACCGUGGAGAGAGCCAUGGCCAAGCAGCAGGUCACUCUUGAGGUCCUUUCAUAUCAUGCUUCGGCUGCUGCAGAAGAGUCUCAGGGGCUCCAGGCAGCCACAAUUCCAUCGGCCCAGUCGCUGCGACUCCUGGACUUUGGCUUCAGCGAUUUUGACUUGUCGGACACCGAAACCACGUUGGGUACUGUGCGCAUGUUUGUCGACCUCGACCUGGUGCACAACUUCCACAUGAAGCACACGAACUUAUGCCAGUGGAUUCUGAGCGUGAAGAAGAACUACAGGAAGAAUGUGGCCUAUCACAACUGGAGACAUGCUUUCAACACUGCCCAGUGCAUGUUUGCCCUCCUUAAAUCAGGGCGCUUGCAGAAUCGCCUUAGGGAUUUAGAGGUUCUGGCUCUGAUGAUCGCUACGCUCUGCCAUGACCUGGACCACAGAGGAGUCAACAACUUCUACAUACAGAGGAGUGAGCACCCACUGGCACAGCUUUACUGCCACUCCACCAUGGAGCAUCACCAUUUUGACCAGUGCCUCAUGAUCCUCAACAGUCCAGGCAACCAGAUACUGAGUGGCCUCUCCCUGGAUGAGUACAAAUGCACUCUAAAGAUGAUUGAGAGGGCCAUUUUGUCCACCGACCUGGCCUUGUACAUUAAGAGACGCGAGGAGUUCUUUGAGCUCACUCAUAACAGACAGUUUGUUUGGGAGACUGAUCACCACCGCGAUUUACUUAGGUCAAUGCUGAUGACUGCAUGCGAUAUAUCAGCAAUCACCAAGCCCUGGCCGGUGCAAAAGAAGAUUGCAGAGCUGGUGGCGACUGAGUUCUUCGAGCAAGGGGACAAAGAGAGACUAGAACUAAACAUUGAGCCCAGUGACUUGAUGAAUCGGGAGAAGCGAGAUAAGAUUCCCAGCAUGCAGGUCUCCUUCAUUGAUGCCAUCUGCACGCAGUUAUAUGAGACCUUGGCAGGCAUGUCUGACGAUUGCUCCCCUUUGCUGGAGGGAUGUCGGACGAACCGUCAGCAUUGGAAGUGCUUGGCCGAGGAGUAUGAAAAAGGCCUGGUCAACAGUCUGGUGUGACUGUCAUCACGGACGCCCACGUGGCAUGGUCACAUUCUUCCUGUCUUGCUCACUUUAUUCUUAUUUAUUGUUUUUGUUUGUUUGUUUGUUUUACACACACAUUCUUUUCUAAGGUGAUGAAAAAAGUCAUUUCACAAUUUAUACUUAACACAGCUAUCAUGAACAGCAGCCUACUGAGCUAAUUACAAGCGAAAAAGUAACGAUACUGCAAUCGUUUGCUAAUGAUAUGAUACAGCAGUUGUGCAAUAUCCUGGAAAAAACAAAACAUCGAAAGUACACCCCGGUGUCAACGAUUAGUGGAAUCGCGGCGUAAGGAUGUGAAACGAUAUUGCAAUAUUUGGCCAAUAAUGACCCUCACAAGACGGAGAUUGUGCGAUAAACAUUUUAUGUUUUAGAGGGGGGAAAUCAUACGCUAACUCGCACGCACAAAAUGAUGGUGAUACUUUACAAUAACGGUAUCACGAUAAAGAAACUGCGGUAAGUGAUAAGUAUCGAUACAGGAGGAGCUACGGCAUUUUGGUGGCUGCCCAUAUCACUGUUCCUUGCACGUAUUUUCAGCCAUGGGAAGAGGUAAAGAUCUAUGGUUACCAUGGCAACGGUCUGGCGUAUCCGUGGACCAUCUAGGACAGCUUUCAUUAUGCGCAGCAGUUCGUGUGCAGUUCUCACAAAUAUGUCAUUGGUCAGUCUUGCCAUUUUUUCAGUCAUUACAGUACAGAAGCUAUUUAUUAUUUUUGCACUGAGUGGCGUUGAAUUCAUAGCUUACAGAUAUGAGAAGGGAAAAAAAA